AGCUUCUGAAACAGUCGGGAGGGCUCGUGCCGUUUCGCUGUCUGCGCAUGCAGUAUCAGGACUCGCAGAGGCGUGCAGUGCAUCCGCAUGAUGCGACCGCCCUCGCGAGAAGAUGUUCAAGCUGCGCAGUCCCAUCUGGUGCUGUUGAAGUCCAAGAUGCGGCAGCGACGACAGGGAUCUGAUGCUGAUCCACGGGUGAGGGGACAGCGCACGUCCUUUUCUCGACCUCAAUCCUCUCUGCGUGGCGUUACUUGGGCUAAGUCGAAAUGUGCUCCAAACCAAGGUUUCCCCACUGUAGCCGGCGCGGAAGUGGAACAGACCCAGGUUGUACAGGACCCGCCAUCGGCUCCUCAAGGACAUAUCGAAGCAAGGCCAGAGCGGAGAGAACGGCCCGAGAGGUCAGAGCGGUCAGAGCGACCAGAACGACCAGAGCGGCCAGAGGAAGGAUAUCCCACUCCUUCUCAGGCCAGACUGGCACCCAAAGCAGGAGUGUCAAACUCCAUUGAUGGCUUGCUGGAUGAGCUAGAAGAAGAUGGUGGGCCCUUGGUGCCAUGCCCUGACUGUCACCGCAGCUUCAAAGCAGAGAGCUUGGAGAAACACAAGAAGAUUUGCAAAAAGGUUUUCCAGCAGAAGCGCAAGCAGUUCAACAGUGCAGCCAAUCGCUUGGGGGAAUUCGACAAUGCUCAAGAACUCAUCGCGAAUGCUGUGAAGAGUGAAAAAAGGGAGAAGGAGAACCAUGCGGAGAAGUCCAAAAAGGACAAGUCAGUGCCCAAGUGGAAAGCACAGUCGUUAGCUUUUCGUCAGGCCAUUCUGUCUGCAAAGGGGGCCUCUGGUGAUUCUGAAGCUGCUAAAAAGGCUGCAGAAAUACAGAAGGAGCUGAAUGCAGCAAACCUGGCCUCCGGAGGAAAUGUCAUGGAGAGUGACAUGGUGAAAUGUCCUCAUUGUGGCCGAACUUUCAACGAAGAGGCAGGGCAGCGGCACAUAGCCAUUUGCCUGAAGACCUUUGGUGGCAAAGGCCGCCAAACAAAGGUACCCAAUGGCUCCAAGGGAGCGAAGCCGGGGACGCCAACAAGCGCGUCAAUCGACUCCGCUAGAGGUGCCAUGGUUCGAGGGCCUAGUGCCGGUGGCUCUCGGAAGCCCAAUGGCCAGAGCUCUCGCCGAAUCUUGUCUCAGGCAGCACCCUCGCGUGGCUUGCGAUGAGGCACUUGAGCCACUUAGGAUCCUCUUGGACUCUUUUAGAGCGAAUGUAGUGGGGUCACACCUGAAAGCUGGCGCUGAUGAUUUUCUCGUGUGAAGAAUGCUUGGAAAGCAUUGUGUCUUGAAAGCGCUCCGCAUCUGCUGCAGUUGGACAUCGCUUGCUGCGCUUCUGAGCUUUCAGAAAAACAGCUCAGAUGAACUUUUGGCAUUGUCUACACUCCUGGUGUUUUGAACAGCGUAGUACUAUGCCAAUCAGCGUUGGACAGGUAUCGUAUCGACAAUUGAUUGACUCCUGAGCUUUGUCGGGCAUUCUGCAUGAGUCAUCAUUCCAUCGUUUGUUCUUUCAUGAUUACAACUUUCACUCUGAUGCGGAUGCUUGUUUCCUGUACAGUAUCAAGUUGCUUCCAAUUCUACAACUGUGAACCGAAUUCAAGCAGCACUUUCCACCUAAUGGGGUGAGGCCAGCUUUCCUUUAAAUGGUGAUGCUGAACCAGCUUCAUGUAGAAACACUGACUCAGAA